AUGGCGCCUACAACACAAGGAAUUGAAUUAAAUGACAUCACUAUGAAUGAUGGUGAUAGAGUAGUUAUCAGUGGUAUGUCCGGACUCUUUCCUAAAUCCAGAAACGUGAAGGACCUAGCGGAUAUUCUUUACAAUAAGGUGGAUCCCAUAGAAACUGAUACAAGCCGAUGGAACUUCGUGCAUCCAGAAAUGGUAAGAUACUUUGGUAAAAUACCAAAUGUCGACCGUUUCGACUGUCAGUUCUUCAAGGUCAAUAAUCAUGUUGUAUAUGCGAUGGACGCAAUGUCACGUAAACUGCUGGAGCAAGCAUAUCAGGCUAUAUACGAUGCAGGUCUAAGUCCCGAGCAUCUUCAAGGAAAAGAUGUUGGUGUAUACAUUGGAUCAUGCCACUCAGAAACCGAUAAAACUAGCUUUUAUAAUGAUUUUAAAAAUGGAAUUGGAAUAAGUGGAUGCAGCAAAUCAAUGUUCGCGAAUCGUAUUUCGUAUUGGCUCGACGUAAAAGGUCCUUCUUUGUCACUGGACCAGUCAGGCUGUAGUUCUAUGGUGGCUCUUGAAGAAGCGGUUAAUGCGAUAAAGCGCGGAGAGAUUGAAGCGGCUCUUGUUGGAGGAAGCAACUUAUCCCUUCAUCCUCAAUCCUUGGUUCAUUUUGGAAGAGCAAUAAAACUUAGCGAGGACGGGAAAACCAGGUCCUUUGAUGCGAACGCUAAUGGCUGCGUCAAAUCUGAGGGGAUUAGCGUUGUAUUUUUACAAAAAGCAAAGGACGCAUUGAGAAUUUAUGCUAAUGUUGUGCACGUCAAAAGUGAAUUCAACGACAUUUCAAGUAAUAUUGAUUCUAUUCCCGGUUUUUACCGUGAUCCAGCUAAAUUAUCAGAUUAUCUUAAGGCUUUUUACAAAGAAGCGGGAGUAUCGCCUGAACUUGUGGAGUAUGUUGAAGCGUUUGGAGCUGGUAUUCCGGAAGUUGAUAAAGCAGAACUGAAAGCAUUAGGUGAAGUGUUUUGUCGCAACAAAUCUAAGGUGCUACAAAUCGGUAGUAUAAUGUCCAGUACAGGAUAUACAGAAUCAGCUUCUGGAUUAUUAGCUAUUACAAAGGUACUACUUGCAUAUCAAAGUGGAAAGAUGGCUGCUACACUGCAUUGUCAAAAUCCACGAGAAGAUGUUGACGUUCUACGUGAUGGCAAGAUUCGAAUUGUGACAGAGAAUGAGCCUUUCAAUCGUUCUUACGUGGCCGUUAACAACUUUUCACUUAAUGGGGUCAAUGCCCACGUACUUUUGAACGGAGAGUAUAAACCCAAGCAACUUCAAAAAUAUAAGUCAAGCAUACCUUACUUGGUUACUGCUUCGGGCAGACAUGAAUCGACCAUUGAGACGAUUUUUGAUGAUUUAACAAAACGGCCACUUGAUCCUGAGGAAGUGGCUCUGCUCCACAACAUUGAUGAGAAGAGAAUUAAUGGCCAUCUCUCUCGGGGCUAUGCUAUAUUAGAUACAAAGGAAGGUGAAACUGUUUGUCUGGACAAGAAAGUCAAACAUUUCGAUGGCUUGAAGCGACCGUUAUGGUUCGUAUACAGUGGCAUGGGCUCUCAGUGGACGGGCAUGGGUACGCAGCUCAUGCAGAUUCCAAGAUUCGCGGCUACAAUGAAGCGAAUUCAAAAAGCUCUGAAGCCUAAAGGACUGGAUAUUAUCGAAAUCAUAACCUCAACCGACAAAACAGUCUUUAACAGCGUCCUUCACUCGUUCCUGGGAAUAUCUUCGAUCCAAAUUGCUCUCACAGAUGUGCUCAAAGAAAUGGGAAUCGUACCAGAUAAAAUUAUAGGACACAGUCUUGGAGAGCUUGGAUGCGCGUACGGUGAUGGCUGCUUGACUGUUGAGGAAAUGAUCUUGGCAUCUUAUUAUCGUGGACGUGUUGCCACGGACAUACCUGUUACUAAAGGAGCAAUGGCUGCCGUUGGCUUAGGUUAUCAACAGAUCCGAAACUUAGUUCCACCCGAGAUAGUUGUGGCAUGCCACAAUGGACCUGACUCCUGCACUAUAUCAGGACCCGUAGAUGAUAUAGAAAAAUUUGUUGAGAAACUUCAGGCUCAAGGAAUUUUCGCAAAAGCAGUACCCACCAAUGGUAUUGCUUUUCACUCGCCGUAUGUUUCAGGAUUUGGUGAAACGCACACGAAGUAUUUAAGAGAAAUAAUGACACCAAGGGAACGUAGUGAGCGCUGGUUGUCCACGUCAGUACCACCAGAGCGAUGGCACGAGCCUACAGCUAAGUUCUCUUGUCCAGAGUACCACAAUAACAACAUGAUGAGUCCUGUACUAUUUGAAGAGAUACUGAGGUCAGUACCACCAAAUGCCGUGCUGAUAGAGAUUGCUCCUCACGGCUUGUUGCAACCCAUCUUAAAGCGUUCGGUGCCUGCAGACUGUCGAAACAUUGCCCUCACUCGACGUGGUCACCCUGACAACGCUCUUUACCUGCUCAAUGCUAUUGGACAGUUAUACAUGGAGGGAUUCAAUCCGAAAAUCGCGAAUAUCUAUCCUAAAAUAGAGUUCCCGGUAUCUACUGAGACACCGUCGCUUUCUCACUUGGUGGAAUGGAUUCACGAUGAAAAGUGGGACUUGCCUCUGUAUGACACGGGCGCUAGGAAGCUGGCAGCAUCUGCUAAAUUCUUGAUCACUCUUCAUGACGAUGAGUUCAAAUAUUUCGAAGGAAGCGUUAUUAAAGGAAAAACAGUAUUCCCAUUCGCGGCUGCUCUGGUAGCCAUUUGGGAUACGAUGGCGAUGGUGCAUCAAGUGCCAAUGAAGCAAUCAGUGCAAUUCCGAGAUGUACAACUAUUCUCCCAACCUAUCUUACACGAGCAACGGCAAGUGCGCCUCACAGUGUCUCUGCACAGGGGGAGUGGGCAGUUUGAGAUAUCAGAUGACGUUACUAAAGUGGCUGCAGGGUAUAUUUAUCAAGAGACUACUGACUUUAAAGGAGUUUACAAUGAAGCAAUAGAAGAACAGAAAUCGCUAGAUCUGGAUUCAGAAGAUAUAUACGCCUUGCUUCAAGAAAAAGAAUAUUCAUACAGUGGUGAUUUUCGUAGUAUAUAUAAGGCGAACUUGUCACUAACUGAAGCUCAGUUGGUGUGGCAAGACAACUGGGUCACUCUCAUUGAUGGAAUGCUGCAGCUUAAUGCUCUCAGGCAAAAUCACGGUGGCGUAAGCCAACCAGUUUUCAUUAGAAGACUGUGCAUCGAUGUGAAAGAACACGUGAAGAGCCAAAUAAUUAAUUUAGGGGAUACUAAAGUUAUUAGAGCUAACUUAAGUGAAGUUCACGAUUUUACACGAUGCGGAGGAAUUUUAUUGGAGAAUGUUCAACAUCAUAAUUUACCACUUACACUUGGAGAGCCUAUAACUUUGAAAAGUUUGAAGAGUUUGGAACUUAAUCAAGAACCUAUAAACAAAAGUUCUAGAAUAGUAUUAAGAAGCGAUGGCGUUGGUGAUUUGAACACAUUGCAUUGGGAAAUAGAAGAUGUGAAGGAGUCAGGAAUUAACGUACAGGUCCACUAUGCAGGAAUUAAUGACCGUGACAUGAGGAAAGCCACUGGGACUAUCCCUGUGAGAUAUGGAAGUGCAGUUAGCUACGGCAUGGAUUUUAGUGGAACAACGGAGAGCGGUCAAAAUGUAAUGGGAGUGGUCAAAGAAGGAGCGCUAAGUUCAAGCGUACUCUCGCAACCAGAACUAUUGUGGAACGUGCCGAAGGAUUGGUCUCUUGAGGACGCUGCAACUAUACCAUUAGCUUAUUGUCUUGCGUUCUACUGUCUUAAUAUAAAAGCUAAGCUGACAUCUGGUAUGAACGUCUUCAUAUUCGGAGGUGCAGGUGCUAUGGGUCAAGCGGCUAUAUCUAUAGCAAUAGCCCACGGUUGUCGAGUGUUCACAGCGGUCAGCAGCAACGAUAAAAAGCGGUUGCUAUUGAAAUUAUUUCCAAGUUUGAACGAAAACGACAUCGGAUCAUCUCUAAACUCGUCAUUUUUAAAAAUGGUAGUAAAGGGCACUAAUGGAAAGGGUUGUGAUAUCGUGAUAAGUAACGCUGUUGGUGAUUUUAAAAAUAUAGCGCUUAACUGUUGUGCUCCCUCUGGAAUAACGAUAGACACAGCUCUAGCUCUAACAAAGGAAAGAUUUUCAUUUGGACUGAAUUAUUUAAAGAACCAGAAGACCUACAUUUCUGUGGAUUUCUCAUCUAUUUUCAUCCACAAUAACACGACUGAUAUGAAGGUUCUGCACCAGCUCGUCAGUGAAGGCAUUGAACGUGGAUAUGUGAGACCGUUGACUCGUAUUAUAUACGAUCCAUCUGAUGUUACUCUAGCCUUUAAGCUCUUAGAAGAUAGACGUAACCACGGGCGCGUACUGCUUCGCUUAAAUAGAAUCAUUCCAAGGGAUUUCAGCUGCAGCCCCAUAUCCCCUGAGUCCUUCUAUUUGGUUGUAUGUGAAGACUCUUUUGGACUCAAAGUGGUUGAUCGACUGAUCAGCCGCGGUUUGAAGAAUUUACGUCUGUAUUAUCCUCAAGCAACUAGUAAGCUUCAAUUUAAGUUACAAUGCUGGCAGAAACUUGGCGUCAGCGUUGAGCUUUUAUCAGAAAAUUUAAGCGACAGUAAAACAAUGCAACUUUUUAUUUGUGACGCUAAUUCUAAACAGCUAGAUGGUGUUUGUGUCGUGGCGACGAACAGUAAAAGCGCUUCAUUAAAUAAAACAACAUUGAAUGAUUUAGAUAUCGCCUCAAGAGAUCUGUGUCCUCGACUUAAGCAUUUCCUUAUUGUUAGCUUGGAUGCAGAUAUGAGUCAGCAGAUCUGUCUUUCAAGAAUUCAAAAGAAGUUACCGGCUACUGAAUUAAUUUUGACAUCCUUUGAAAAGAGUGGCGCUGAAAAUAAAUCAGCUUCAUUAAGCAAAAUGUCUUGUCUGGCCGCACUGAACGCAGUUGAAGCUGCGAUAUCUUCAUCUUCAGGCUUAUUUACUGUUGAAGCGAAGGAACCGUUAAGACCUUCACUCUUGAAACAAAUCUCUUCAAUAACAGGUAUUGAUGUAGCGGCGUCUAAGGAUAGCACUCUCGAAAGUCUUGGCCUUUUAGAUUAUAAAGUAGACGUGCUAAGCAAGUUCUUACAUGAUAAGUAUAACUUGACAAUAGAUGAUCAAAAAAUACGUCAGUUUACUGCAAAAAGCAUACAUGAAUUGGAAGACACUCUAAUAUGGACCGGUUUCAAGAAAACCAAAGGAUUGAGGAACUUUUUCUCAUACGUGGACUCCAAUGAACUUCUUGCCAGUACUACAAUGGUUCAGAUGCAGACUCAGGCUUAUUCUAAGGGAGUGGACGAUUUCGAUGUCGAAAACACGUACUUGUACAUUUUGCCGGGUCUCGAGGGACACCACGAAAGGUUCCGUCUGCUCUGCGAACGUCUGAAGAUACCCGCUUUAGUUUUACAGCCUGGAUUCCACCACAACGACGAGACCGUUCAGGAACAAGCGCGUCGAUAUGCCGAGAUAUUAUUAAAGAAAAUGAAGUUGAAAGAUAACUUCUAUCUUGUGGGAUACGAAAGUGGUAUACUUGUUACGUUAGAAAUGGUUUCAAUAUUGGAAGAAAGGGGUUUAAAGGGAACUGUCUUCUGUAUUGGGGUUCCUCCAGCUGAAUUACAAACCACUCUCGAAGAACAUUUGAAAGGUUUGGAUACUGAUGACGAAAUACAUAAAGCAGUCAUAAAGACAAUAUUCGGUUCGCUAAUCGAAGACACUGGCAAACUUGAACAAGCUUUAGACACGUGUGAUUCCUUAGAUGAGAAAGUUGAAACUGCGGUGCAGAUAAUAUUGACACAUAAGGGGCUGACGUCACAGUAUAUUAGAGCUGUGCUUAAAUCAGCCAUUGAUCGCAUUGAACAAGUACGGUGCUACAAGCCCCAGCCACGUCGGCUUAAUUCCAAAAUUGUUAUGAUAUGUGCUGAUUCAGUGACUACACCAUUUGCAGUACAAGAAUACUCGAAACAGCCUGUUGAUAUUUAUCAUCUAGAAACUCCAUUGGGUCAGUUGACUAGAGAUCUAAGAUGUACAACUAUAAUUAACCAUCACCUCAGUACUGAUUUGGUGGAAGCGUUUGAAAAGAAAAGCUUUUGCGAACCAUAUCGUAUGAAUACUAAUUUUAUGGUGUUUAAACAAUGGAAUGAAUAA